ACAGAAAGAAAAGAGAAGAGAUUAUGCUAAACUCAUUCAUGUAGUUUACUGCAUAUCAGAUCAAUCAACUGCCAUCUCUUUCCUUCUACUUGUCCUGCAGAUGCUAUUCUCUUCAAUAUUCACCUGCUCUCCUUUUCCUGCACAAGAAUUUGCUUCCUAUUGCAAUGGAAUUUACAAAUAGUAGCUUGGCUCUGUCUUAAUUUGUUGCAAAAACUAGAACCAUGACAACAGCAAUGGGAGGCUUACAUGGGCCAGUGGUUGCAGCUUCCUGGACUAAAGACUGCACUUUCCAAUUGUUGUCAAAUUGCUUUCUGCAGAAACCAAAUUUCACCAAGACCUCCACUGCUAAGCUCAGUUUUCCUUGCAUGCCAUUUAUUGGGGUUGCCUUCAAGAAAAAAGAAACUCAUGUUGUAUCUCCCAACAUAUCUUCACCAAGCGUGACGACGGGGUUACUUGAUGCAUGGGACGAUGAAUAUGGCGGAGUCAUAAUGAAUUCAGAGAGCCUACCCAUGAGUGCAAAUGCUUUUGCAUCUGCUUUUCAGGCUUCUCUGUCCAACUGGAAAAUGAAGGGGAAAAGAGGGGUAUGGCUCAAAAUACUACAAGAGCAAGCUGAUCUUGUCCCAAUUGCAAUUCAGGAGGGUUUCAACUAUCACCAUGCUGAACCAGGAUAUGUUAUGUUAACAUACUGGAUACCCAAUGAGCCUUGCAUGCUUCCUGCUAGCCCCUCACUUCAAAUUGGCAUUGCAGGAUUUGUGAUCAAUGACAAAAGAGAGGUUCUUGUGGUAAAAGAGAAGUGCCCUUGUAGCUGCUCUGGUGUGUGGAAGUUGCCCACUGGUUAUAUCAACAAGUCUGAAGACAUAUUCUCUGGAGCUAUCAGAGAAGUGAAAGAGGAAACUGACAUUGACACAACUUUCCUGAAAAUGGUAGCUUUCAGGCAUGCACACCUGGUUGCAUUUGAGGCGUCAGACUUGCUCUUUGUCUGCAUGCUCAAGCCAUUGUCUUAUGACAUCACAAUAGAUGACAAGGAAAUCCAAGCUGCAAAGUGGAUGCCUCUUGAUGAGUUUAUUGCCCAGCCAUAUUACCAAGAUGACCCCUUGUCCAAGAAAGUCAUUGAGAUAUGCAUUGCGGCUCAAGAAGAUCGCUACAGUGGCUUCACUGGUCAUCAGCUCAACUCAAAAAUUGAUGGAAAAUUAUCCUACUUGUAUUAUGAUGAUUUAAAAAAUAUUUAGAAAUUUCAUCUUCUAUAUUAUUCCAAGAGGCAUGCCUCCUCAAUCUAAUAUAUGAUACUGUAUGUAAAAAACAAUUUUAGCAAUAUAUUUUAAAACUAAAAAUAUUAUAGCGAC